AUGACCACGCGGAACAGGAGCAAAGAGGUCGUCUUCGUCGAGCCAGCUCAAGCUAGCGAUUUGGCGGAUUUCGGUCCGCAUCUUCGACAUCUGGAAGCUCUUCUCCUUCAGAGGAUGGACUUCCAGGAUGAGAUGCUGAAGCAAAUCCUGAGAGAGGUUCCGCAUAAGAGAGAUCUGCUCCCGGCUUCGCCCAUUGCAGAGAUCUACGACAGCGCAACCUCUGAAGUUUACGACGGGACGAUUUCUGCCGGUUUCAUGCGACGUGGGGCCGCGCCGGCUCCCAUGGCUGCAUCGGCUGUCGACAGGACCGGCUCUGGCUCUGCCGGUCUCAUGCGCCGUGCGGCCACGCCGGCUCCCAUCAGCAUUGAGGACUCCGCAUUUUCCCCAUCUCCUUCGUUGCAGGAGGAGGAUGGCCAGGACGAAGCGAACAACAAAGCCGCGAAAUCCUCGAGAAUGCGCCUGCAGACGUACUCGACAGAGGAUCUGGAGAAGAAGCAGGAAGCCGAACUGGCGGACACGCACUUUCUCCGGCGCAUGUUCACGUCUCACUCUCGUCAGCAUGCCCAUGUCGAGAAGAUGAGGGCAGGCGGCCGCAUCGGAAAGUUGGUGAAGAAUCCUGGUUUCGAUUUAUUCUUUGCAGCCGUCGUGAUCACCAACGCCAUCUUCAUAGGCGUCGAUGUCCAACGAACGACCGAGGUCGAAACCGGCGACAGGCCAGCGGGCUACAUGGUUGUCGGGUACAUCUACACACUGCUUUACAUAGCUGAGCUCGUGUUGCGGCUCUCUGCUCACGGCUUGCGACUCUUCUGCUCGGACGAUUGGAUGUGGGUGUUGCUGGAUUGCUUCAUUGUCGCGACGUCGGUAUGGGAUGUCUUUGUGGACAUUCUCACUGCCAUUCUGCCACCGGACGAGAACGGAUUCGAGAGCGUCUCGGGGCUUUCUACCCUGAAAGCUUUCCGAGUUGUUCGUGUGACCAGGGUUUUGAAGAUCGCUCAGCUCUUGCGGAUCUUCCGCUUUGUCAUGGCUCUGCGAACUCUGGUCCAGUCCAUCUUUCACACGCUGAAAGCAUUGGUGUGGGCCUUGCUGCUACUGCUUCUGAUCGUGUAUGUGUUCGCUGUCAUCUUCACCCAGGCUAUCAGCGACUUCAGGGUGGAUCAGCGCGCAGCCGGCGAGGUCCUGCCCGACAUCGUUGGCAACGACGGGAUGCUUUACUUUGGAAGCCUUAUCGACAGCAUGCUCAGUCUUUUUAUGAGCAUCGCUGGAGGAGUUAGUUGGGAAGUGGCCAUCCGGCCGCUUUCAGAGGUGUCAUGGUAUUGGGGACUUGCAUUCAUUUUCUAUGUGGCCUUCACAUAUUUUGCCGUGUUAAAUGUUGUGACGGCAGUAUUCUGCCAGUCAGCAAUAGAGUCGGCGCAGAAGGACCACGCCACAGUUGUGCAGAACAUGCUAGACAACAAGGAGUCGCACCUGCAGAAACUUCGGACUCUGUUUAGCAAGCUCGGAGCCGAAGAAGCCGGAGGGAUAACUUUUGGCAUGUUCGAGCAGAAGAUCAACUCCGGCCCGGUUCGUGAGUACUUUGAGACGCUGGGCUUGGACGUUUGGGAUCCAUGGUCUUUUUUCAAGCUUCUGGACUCGGAUGGUGGCGGCUUUGUGGAGAUCGAGGAGUUCUUCCUGGGCUGUUUGAGAUUUAGCGGAGCUGCCAAAGCCAUGGAUGUGGGGAAGCUCAUUCAAGACCAGACUUGGCUGAUCCGCAGCCAGGGACGAUUCCAAAGAUGCAUGGAGGAUGAACUCAUCAAGCUCAGAGAUGACAUGACCACCUUGAGAGAUUUCAUCAGCUCUCUCUCGCGGGGUGUGAUGUGUGCACAGCUCUGA